AUGCAAAUUGAUGAUUAAAGUAUAUCAGGUUUAUGUUCUGCUUUAGAAAAGUGUACUAAUCUUUUAAACUUGAUUCUUGAACUUCGUUAUAAUUAAAUUGGUGAUGAAGGUACAUCAAACUUAGGUUCUGCUUUAAGAAAUUGCACUAAUCUCUCUAACUUGACACUUUCUCUUUCUUAUAAUUAAAUUGUUGAUGAAGGUACAUUAGGCUUAGGUCCUGCUUUCGAAAAGUGCACUAAUCUCUAAAAUUUGACACUUUCUCUUUCCUAUAAUAAAAUUGGUGAAAUUGGUGCAUCAAACUUAGGUUCUGCUUUAGCAAAGUACACUAAUCUCACAAAUUUGGCACUUUUUCUUUCUUGUAAUUAGAUUGGUGAUGAAGGUACAUCAGGUUUAGGUCCUGCAUUCGAAAAAUGCUCUAAUCUCUCAAACUUAUAACUUUCUCUUCAGUAAAAGCAGUUUAUUAAUUUUGAAUUAUAAUACUUUUUAUAAAAAUGA